AUGAGAAUUCUGAAACUAUUUUGGCUUACAGCCGGAUUGUAUCUGCUGUUAUUUACUAAACGAGUUUAUGCGAUCUCUGGUUUCAAAUAUGCGAGUAAUGUUCCAGUGGCAAUAGAUAAUGAACCGUUAGGAGACGAAAAUACUGCACCUGACCCACCCAGAAAUGUUCGUUGUGUUGCAAGUAGUCACAGUGCAAUUCUGUAUUGGGAGCAUCCAUCGUCACGAAACAGAAUUAAAGUUCGAGGAUACAGUAUUGAGUGGGGAAUAGGUGCACCGAAUGCUAAAGCAGAUGUCCAGGGCACAGAAACGUCCUUUUCAAUCAUUGAACUUAGACCAAACACAACAUACACCUUUUCAAUAUUUGCUUUCAAUGACUUUGGUGAUUCGGAAACUGUGGAAAUUACUGCAACAACGACGCAAGUUGAACAUCGAGAAGAGGACCUAAUAUAUCUACAAGCACCAAAGAUAAUCAGUAUUAAAAUGCUGACAAGUACAUCUAUUGAAGUACAUUGGGACGAUCCAAAUGUGGAUUACAGUUUCGAAUUUAAUGCUGAAACAGUUCAACGGAAAAAACUCUAUCUUAUCAAAUAUGGAAUCGACAAGACUAGGAUAUACAAUGAAAUUUCUUCAAUUACUCCGGCUGCUACAAUAACCAAUUUGAAACCGGGGAAUGUUUAUGGCAUUUCGGUCAAAGUUGUUGUUGAUAAAGUCAGCUCACUGUGGUCUCCAAUUGAAACUAUUGAAAUUCCCAGCAGAGGUAACGCCGCUUGUCAUCAAAAAUUUUUGUCUUAG